UGAUGAAAGAAUAAUAAAAAGGCAACCAAUCCCACCAAAAAAGCAUCAAUUCUCCUCCCACCACCUUUCAAAAAUGCAUCUAUGAAUCAUCAUCUAGCACCACUCAAAAGUUGAGAACUCAAACAAAACAACAAUCCCACCUUCUUCCACCCAAAAAUGCUCAUCAACAUCACCAAAACCAACCAUUUUACCGUUUUUUUCCUCCUCCUUUUUCUGCUUUCUUUCUUCUCUUAUGCUAAUUGUUAUGUCUUCAUCUAUGCUGGUUGUUCCCAAGACAAAUUCCAACCCUCCUCCCCUUUUGAAUCCACCAUCAACUCCUUCCUCACCUCCGUCGUUAGCUCCUCCUCGCAAACCGGCCUUUACAACACCUUCACCCUAGGAAACUCCUCCCCUAACACCCCUUCCGACACCUCGAUUUUCGGUCUUUACCAAUGUAGGGGAGACUUAAAUCCUGCUGAUUGCACAAGUUGUAUUAAAAGUGCAGUCACUCAAAUAGGCCUCAUUUGUCCUUACUCCUAUGGGGCUACCCUACAACUUGAGGGUUGUUAUGUUAGAUACGAACGGUACAAUUUCCUAGGAAAACCUGACUCAACGGUCAUGUACAAGAGGUGUAGCCGAAGCACAAGCAACGACGUUGAGUUUUUCCGUAGGAGAGAUGAUGUGUUAGGCACCAUACAAGGGGCCUCUGACGGGUUUAGGGUUUCGAGUUCAGGGUCUAUUCAAGGGUUUGGACAAUGUUCAGGAGACUUGAGCUCUAGUGAUUGUUCUAGUUGUUUGAGUGAGGCUGUUAAAGAGCUAAAGGCACUUUGUGGUCAAGCUGCUGCAGCUCAUGUUUUUUUGGGUAAGUGUUAUGCUGAGUAUUGGGAAGCUGGGUACUAUGACUUGUCUACUCAUUCUUCAGAUCCGUCAAAUGAUGAUGAAGUUGCAAAAACAGUGGCUAUUAUUGUUGGAAUCAUUGGAGGAAUUGCAGUUUUGAUCGUUCUUCUCUCUGUUUGCCGGAAAAAAGCGGGUGGUGGCAAAUAAUAAACCCCUUGAAUCCAUAGAAAAUGUAUCUACUUUUAUUUUUCAUGUGCAUCAUGUUAAAUUUUGUUUUCAAGUAAGUUAUCAAAUGAGCUAGGCAAUUAAUUACAUGAUCAAUUCAUUACUUUAUUCUCAUAAAAGUGUUUCUAUAUAUACGCAUUAUUAUUGUUUAUCA